GGAGGUGUCGGUUGAGUAAGAUCUCCUAAAGCCUGAUUGGUAACUAUGCUGCAAUCAACCCAUCAUCAGGAGCUUGCAAUGUUGCAGAAAUGUGUAGGAAGUCCAAGUAUAUUAGUUACUGGGAACUUAUAGCUCGAAUGAGCUAGAACAUUCCUUGAAUUUUUCCAAUGGAAUUUCAAGGGCCUCAAUGGAAAUGAGUUACUCUAGCUGACUUUUUUGGGUUAUAUGGUACCUGAAUGAACUUACUUAGCUUGCGUACGUUAGGUGUUUUGUGAAGCCGAGGAAAGUGGACAGUGUUGGUCCUUGUGUUGCCCAGUAAACUGAACCAGCCUCAACAGGUACACUUGGGGUUGUGUGAUACGUGGUCUUCAAGGUUCUGGUGAGGAGAGCUCCUGAUCCAAAAAUUUUGGCUGCAAUGGGAGACGAAGAUGACAUUCCAAUGUUAGUCGGUGAAGAUGAUGAAGACGAGACAAUCCCAGAACUGGUGAAGGUGGAGGAUAAACCUCGUGUUCCAUUAACUAUUCUCACUGGUUACCUGGGUGCAGGCAAGACCACACUCCUCAACUAUAUUCUUAAGGAGCAGCACAAUAAGAAAAUUGCAGUUAUUCUCAAUGAAUUUGGUGAAGGAAGUUCGAUGGAGAAGAGCCUGAGCAUCGGCCAUGAAGGCGAUCUCUUUGAAGAAUGGCUUGAAUUACGUAAUGGUUGUCUCUGCUGCUCAGUCAAAGAUAAAGGUGUUAAGGCCAUUGAGAACCUGAUGAGGAAGCGAGGCAAGUUUGACUACAUCCUCCUGGAGACUACUGGCUUGGCUGAUCCAGGACCAAUCGCUUCAAUCUUCUGGAUGGAUAGGCAGCUGGGAAGUGACCUUUAUCUGGAUGGAAUCAUCACAGUUCUGGAUGCAAAGUACGCAGAGAAGGUAGGUCGUUCUCGUGUCUUACUGGCUCCCACGAGCAGCACCUUCAUGCUGCUCAAAGACUCCCGGAACCUCAACGAGAAGAAGCCAGAAGGUGUUGUCAACGAGGCAGUCAAACAAGUAGCGCUGGCUGACCUGCUCAUCAUCAACAAAACGGACUUGGUGGACGAAACGCAGCUCAAGGCUGUCACAGACCUCGUCAGUACUAUCAACGGCUCGGCACACAUGGUCUACACACAGAGGUGCAGAAUUGACCUGAACAAGCUGCUAGAUCUGCAUGCCUAUGACAAGUUUGAUAAUGACUUGUUUGAGCGAUCCCUGUCAACAAGGUUUUUUGAUGGUGCAUCACAUCUAGACCAGCGUGUUCAGACUGUGACAGUUGAGGUUGAAGGAAGCAUGUCCCCAUCAAGCAUGGACUACUUUAUUGAUGUGCUCUUAUGGGAUCGUUCUCUUACUAACUCUGCAGGAGAACCUGUCAACAUAUACAGAAUGAAGGGUAUAGUGUCUAUGAUCGCAGAAAGUCAACGCUUCAUGCUUCAAGUGGUGCAACAGCUGUAUGAACUUGAACCAAUUGGUUAUUGGGAAAUAGAUUCACCCAGAACCUGCAAAUUUGUUCUUAUAGGAGAGAACUUGGAGCAAGAAAAGAUUGAUGACCUCCUGAGAACUUGUGUGACACUCUCAUCAGAGUUUUCUUGAAUAAACCCAAACCUGGGGAAAGAAAGUGUUCUGGAGCUUUUCCUGAGAUCUCUUGUGGUGACAUCAUCAGUGAUGCCUCGAAGAAUCGCAUCCCAAAAAUAGAGCCCUAAUUCAGCGUGGCUUCCUUACAUGUGUGUAGUUUGAGCAAAAUACAUCAGUGAUGAACUGAUGUUAAGUUUUGAAGUGUGUAUGCAGUAUUUUCCAUAGUUAUCUAAAAUUAAUGAUUCACAACAGUGAGUAAUGAGACACUUUAGUGAUGGUGUAUGUUUCAUGUAUAUAUAUAUAUAUAUACAGUGGACCCCCAGUUUAUGAUAUUAUUUCAUUCCAGAAGUAUGUUCAGGUGCCAUUACUGAACGAAUUUGUUCCCAUAAGGAAUAUUGUGAAUUAGAUUAGUCCAUUUCAGACCCCCAAACAUACACGUACAAAUGCACUUACAUAAAUACA